CAGGAGACAAAAUGUCAUCACAUUUUUUGCCGAUAUCACUGGCUCCUGAAGAUAAAGGAAAAGAUGACUCAGUCAAAAAGGACAAGCCAUAUAAGAUCUUUUUCAAAGAUCUGUUUCUUUUCAAAGAAAAUGAAAUGGCAGCAAAGAAAAAGGAAAAAAUUAUGAACCGCAGCAUGAAAGUCUACCAGAAGUCUACUUUUUCAUCUCGAAUGAAGAGUCGUUCACACCUGGGCCAAGUAGCAUUCUACUCUGACACAGCUGGGGGCUCAUUUGAAAAAUUUGGGCUAGAUCCCACUCUUAUUCUAAGAUUAACAGAAGGUACGGACACAAAAAGGACUAUUCAUGAAUUUAUUAAUGACCAGAGAGACCGGUUUCUGCUGGAGUAUGCCCUGUCAACCAAAAGAAAUACAAUUAAAAAGUUUGAAAAACACAUGGUGGCGAAGGAACGGCAACUCACAAGAGCCGAAAAAAAGCUCCAAGAAGAUGCAAUGGCCUUUGAAGAGUUCCUUCGAGAAAAUGACCAGAGAUCUGUAGAUGCUCUUAAAACUGCAGCACAGGAAACUAUAAACAAACUCCAAAUGACAGCAGAACUGAAGAAAGCCAGUAUGGAGGUGCAGGCGGUGAAAAGUGAGAUAGCAAAAACAGAAUUCCUCCUUAGAGAGUACAUGAAAUAUGGAUUUUUUCUGCUGAAAUUGUCUCCAAAACACUGGCAAAUCCAACAAGCGCUGAAAAGGGCGCAGAUGACAAAGAGUAGAGAGAGUAUGAAUGUCAGUCUUCCAGUACUAACAAAAUUAAAUACAACGAAAACAGAGGGCAGUAAUGAGGAUGCCGGGAAGGUAUCAUUUUCAGAUGACUAUUACAUGGAAAGAGGUCGCCAAGGAAAACCACACAAGAAGCCCACUCUAACCAUAGAGAAUAAGAAAUCAUCCUUAUCAAGCCACGCUGAGAGUAUCAGUUCAGAAGACAGUUUGGAAUUCUUUUUAGACGAUGAUACGGACUAUGAUCUGGAGCCAGAGCUUUAUUUCAAAGAACCAGAAGAGUUACUUCAAGUCCUCACAGAGCUGGAAGAGCAGAAUCUAACUUUGGUACAGUAUUCCCAAGAUGUAGAUGAAAAUCUUGAAGAUGUAAAUAAAAGAGAAAAACUUAUACAGGAUAAGAUAAAUAGCAACAUAGAGUUUCUUCUGGAGCACAAGGAAAUGCUUAAGGCUAGCUGUGUGAGAGAAGAGGAAAAAGCAGCAGAACUGGAAUUAAGGUCCAGGCUAUUUAGUUUUGGAGAAUUUAAAUCAGACACUCAGGAAAAACUGAUAGACUCUCUUAGCAAAAAAAUUAAUCAAGUAUACAAAGUCUGCAUUGGAGAUGCUGAUGUUGGCAGCCUCAACCCAGUUCAAAAGCUGGUAAAAGUAGAGUCUCGCCUGGUAGAACUGAGUGAUCUCAUUGAAUCCAUUCCCAAAGAAAAUGUGGAGGCAAUUGAGAGGAUAAAACAGAAAGAACGGCGGCAAAAGUUACGUGAAGAGAAAAUCAAAGAAAAACAAAAACACCAGGAGGAAAGGCUAAGAGCUGCUCUGGAAAGAGCAGUAGCACAACCAAAGAAAAAGCUGGGAAGACGACUUGUCUAUCGCUCAAAACCGCCAUCUGGUAACAAACAUGAACUACUUUUAGUCAAGGAUACAAGAACAAAAUCACUAGAGGAUGAAUAUUUUUUCACUUGAAUAGAAGCAGUAAGACAUUUAUUACCAGAAUUUUUUAGGCAUAUUUUGUAGAUUCUGGUUUCCAUUAAUGGCAGUAUUCUGCCCCAUAUGCUGGUCUAAGCAAUUUGAGGAAGACAGCACUUAUUCUAGUGGUUAUAGGAUUGGGAAUGGGAGUUAUUUUCUUUUGUUGAAGCCUUUUAUUAUCAUAUACUAAGUAAAAUUCCAUACAGCUAAACAUUUUUAUCUUUGAGUUGUCCCAGUUGGGGAUACACAUCCAAAGUUUACUUUACUGGUGUAACUAUGUGGUGAAUGACCAUUAAAGUGCAAUAAUGGCAUUCUCUGACAACAUGGGACUUUAAAUGACCUAAUUUGUUUUCAACCAGUUCACAGUUCAUAGUAUAUAUUUUAUCACUGUGGAGUAUACAUUUUAACAAUGUAUAACUCUAAAUGGUUUUGAGAAGUUUAAAACAUAAAUGAAAACCACUAGUACUAUCCUCAGAAUUUAACUGUGAGACUGGCUUUUAAUUCACAUUAAGGAGUUCUGUUCAGAACACU